AUGGCUUCCCAACCCAGCUCGGUACAUUCGUCCGCCGGUGAGAAUGAGGACGACCCGACUGCGAUAUCAGAAUACCACGUCCAGGAUGAUGGCGACACCAGUCCUGCCCAGGACUCCUUGGGAAAGGACGAGUCCGCCCUAGGGUCACAGCAGAAACAGGCUCAUCCGAUGCAGAAACGAAGAAGAGUAACGCGGGCUUGUGACGAAUGUCGCCGGAAAAAGAUCAAAUGCGAUGGCAAACAGCCAUGUACGCAUUGCACUGUUUACAGCUAUGAGUGCACAUAUGAUCAACCAUCAAAUCGUCGGCGCAACCCCGCCCCGCAGUAUAUCGAGGCACUGGAGAGUCGUCUCCACAAAGCGGAGGCUCUGCUUCGAGUUGUCUUGCCUGAUCUCAACCUAGAUGACCCGCGGUUCGAUGUGCACGCUGCAGAGCAGGUGCUGGCCGCCGUGAAGAAGGAAAAGGCUGGUCUACCCAAACCACCCUCCACGUCCACGAGUCAGCCAGAACCCGCUACCGACAACGGAGAUGAGUCUUUGCUCGAGACCAUGGUAGAGAACUCUGGUUGUCUAGACCUUGACGACCAGGGCCAUUGGGAUUAUCACGGACAUUCCUCCGGUAUCAUCUUCAUGCAGCGGCUUCGUAAACAAUUAGGAAACUCCGUCGUCCCUGAACUAAAACCGUCACCGAAAACUCGCCCGAUAUCACAUUAUCUCGAAAGCCCUAAAUCAGCAUCAGCGUCGGAGUCGCCGCACGAUGCCAAUCUACCUCCUACACAAGAUCUCCCACCUAAAGCGGUCGCGCGGAAACUCUGCCAUAAUGCCUUCUACGACGCCUGUGCCCUAAUGCGCUUUGUACAUGAACCUUCAUUCUAUGCCACGUUUGACCGUAUUUAUGAUACCCCGCCGGAGCAAUUCACCAACGAGGAACAUGCAUUCUUACCCCUGCUUUACAUUGUUCUUUCAGUCGGUUGUCUCUUUUCGAAUGACCUGGACAGCACUCUGGACAUAGCAGGCUAUGAGAGUGCUAUUGGCCAAGGGUUCCAAUACUGGAAAGCCGGACGUCAGUUGAUAGACAUCACGGACUGUCGCGAUCUCACUUCACUGCAAGCAAUCUGCUUCAUGGUUCUUUUCCUGCAGUCUUCAGCCAAGUUGAGCACAUGCUACUCGUACGUUGGCAUUGCUCUGCGUGCUGCGUUACGACUAGGUCUCCACCGAUCAGUGACCGCUAAUUUCAACCCUAUUGAACGGGAGCUGCGAAAGCGUAUAUUUUGGGUCAUUAGAAAGAUGGACGUCUAUGUCUCUACUUUGCUGGGUCUCCCCCAGAUGCUGAGCGAUCAGGAUAUUGACCAGGAGUAUCCGCUCUCCGUUGACGACGAGUUCAUCACUGCUGACGCCAUUCUUCCGAUGCCACCUGGUCGGGUCUCCCUUAUGGAGGGGGCGAACGCCCAUAGUCGCUUGGUCAAUAUCAUCGUGAAGGUGGUAAAAUAUAUCUAUCCUGUUAAGAAUGCUAAGCAUCGAUCGAAGAACGAUCAAACAUACAUGGUCAGCCAUUCGAAGAUCCGUGAGAUCGAACGCGACCUGCAAGCUUGGAUGGAGGAGCUCCCAUCUGCACUGCGUCCUGGGGAGGAGGCGGCCCCGGAAUUAGAAAGGAUACGACAGCUACUCCGUAUCAGCUACGCACAUGUACAGAUAGUCAUGUAUCGGCCGUUCCUCCACUACGUCUCUAGCGGCAUUCAAUCCCGCGGAAUCGAUAAGCGGUCUUACGCUUGCGCUGCUGCCUGUGUCAGUGUUUCCCGGAACGUCGUGCACAUUACUGCCGGAAUGUACAAGAGAGGCUUCCUCAAUGGUUCUUUCUGGUUCACCAUGUACACGACGUAUUUUGCGAUUCUGUCCCUCAUCUUCUUUGUUCUCGAGAACCCAGACUCGCCCACCGCGAAGGACGGCGUGCUUAAAGACGCUCUCGAAGGGAAGAAUACAUUGGCAGGCCUGGCCAAGAAGAGUAUGGCAGCGGAUAGGUGUUCCCAGAGCCUCAACUGUCUGUUUAAGAAUCUCCCGGAGAAACUCAAGAAGAGGCAGAGUUCAGCAGCUCCUCUCAAUCUCAAACGGCCGUCACCGUCAAUUAUCCCAACCAAGGUCAGAAGCAUCCAGGCGCCCACAGAGCCUGGUGCAAGACCCAAUGGGACUGCUUUUGGAGCUCCACAGCGUGCAAGCACGUUUCCGACGCAACUCGCUCGACAGAUGGCCACCACUGAUGCUGCCAAUACUGUGGAUGACAGCCAUGCCUACAAACGCAGUCCUCGUUCUUGGUUGACGAAUGGUAUAUCUACUCUUUCUGGAGAACCUAUGUCUGUUUCGUCGGCCUUUGUGAAUCAGUCACCGGCCACUUCACCUAUUUCGGCUUCGCUGGCGGGACCAGCGCAGCAGCAGCAAGGCCGAUCGCAGUCUUUUGAGAACAGUGCUAAUCUACCAGACCUGAUGCCUAUCAUGUUUCCGUCUGGAGAUCCAUUCAUGUAUCCUGCCCAGCCGAUGUCGACGCUGGAGGACGACCACUUCAAACACGACAAUUCAGCGGCUGCUGGGCAAUACGGUUUUCAGUCUGCUUCCCUGCAGAGCACCCCCACGUCUGCCCGCAUGCCGACCCUCGAUGCAUCGACCCCAGUUUACGAUGGGUUUGCCAACGUCCCUGUUUUCCCCAGUGGAGCACCUGCCGGCACAGCUGCCGCUCUGCCCCCUCAUCUGCAGCAUCUCAACCAGCAAGCUGGACAGUCCCGCGUCCAGUCACCCCCAUCGAACGCAUCCACUCCUGGGGGCGAUAUGGUGCAGAGUCCCGAUCUGGUCUCGAUCCCCAAUCAAAACUUCAGCUGGCAGGGCUUCAGCUUCCAGCCGCAAGUCCCGUCCAAUGACCAACAAUCGCAGCCACGCAUAUCUGGCGCGGGUUGUUCGCAGAACGUGGGAAUGGACGUGGACAACUUUAGCGCCCUGGGCGGUAUCGAUAUGGGCAUGAACUUUGAUGAACUGUUUGGCAAUGCCAUCACUGGAACCGCUGGAACCGCUGGAGCCGAAGACUGGGGCCAGUGGACCAAUGCUAGCAUGUAAGAGACUGCCAGAGAUCCUGUACAGCUGGGUUU